AUGCAGUUCACUGCGGCUCUCCCACCCGACCAUGGCGGAGAUGCCGCCGCUGAUGGUAAGCGUGGCAAGAAGCGCGGCAGUUACAACUGCGGUCGCUGCGGCCUCCCGAAAAAAGGUCACAACUGCACCGGCAAGACUCCCAUAUCUGCUUCGGCGACUCCUGCCCCUCCCGAGUCGUCUCUCUCUGUCGCAUCCGCCCCUUCAUCAGCCGCCUCAGGCCUCCGACAUCCGGCCUCCAACCUCCGUCGUGCCCUGUCGUUUGACGAUCUCGAUGAACGUGGUUCUGGGUUCGAUCGGUCUGAACCGGAGGAAAGAGAGGAUGCAGAUUUCUUUUCUGAGACCGAUCCGGAUCUGGAUCUGGACGCAAAAUCGUGCGGACUGCCGGCGAAUCUUCUGUGGGAUGUGAUGAAGAGACUGCCGCCGGCAGGACUGCUGUCCGCUGCCAAGGUGUGUCGGGGAUGGAGGGAGACGGCGAAGAGACUGUGGAAAGCGGCCGAGGAGUUGAAACUUAGGGUUCCUGCUAACGUUCCGGUCUGGUUUGUCGCCUCGAUGUUGCAGAAAUGCCCUGGGAUUGUGAGGCUCUCGCUUAGGAUGGAGAGUGAUUUUGAUUCAACUAUGCUGGCUUGUGUUGCUUUCUCUUGUCCUAAUCUUGAAUGUAUGGAGAUCUCCACAUUCAAUGGGGCAACCAUUCGAAUCAAUGGGGAUGAAUUAUGUCGGUUUGUUGCUGAUAAAAAAAGCCUCAAAAGCCUCAAGAUGAAAGGUUGUUCUAACCUGGGGGGUUUUGUCCUAUGUUCUUCUAGUCUCUCUACCCUCUGGCUAUCAGAUUUGCACUCUCUCUCAAAGAUGGUAUUUAAUUGUCCCCAAUUGAGAGAGAUUUCCUUGGAGUUUUCUUGCCAAGAAAAUGACACUACAGAUCUCACAACUAUGAUUGAAUGUUUGGGAAGAAGUUGCCCGAUAAUGCAAAACAUACAUAUAGCUUCAGAACGGCUAUCACACUCUGCUGUGCUUGCUCUUGCAGCUGCUCAGUUGAGGGGGCUGCGAAUGCUUUCUCUUGUUCUUGGGUCUGAAAUCACUGAUGCAUCUGUUGCGGCAAUUGCCUCAAGCUAUCCAAAUCUUGAGUUGCUUGAUCUUAGUGGAUCUGGUGUUAGUGACAGUGGCAUUAGUAUGAUUUGCAAUGUGUUCCCUGAUACUUUGACAAGACUCCUUCUUGCUCUCUGCCCCAACGUGACUUCAAGUGGUAUUCAGUUCGCUACAUUUCAGUUGCCGCUCCUUGAAAUUAUGGACUGUGGAAUGACCAUAUGUGAUCCUAAUUAUCAAAAUUCAGCCGCUGAAGAAAAUAACUGCAAAUUACAAAAAACAUCUGGCUCUAAUGUACACCUUAUAAACCAAAAACUAAUAAUCAAACAUAGCCGGUUAAGGAAACUCAGUUUAUGGGGCUGCACUGGCUUAGAUGCCCUAUACUUAAACUGCCCACAACUCGUUGAUCUGAAUCUAAAUUCUUGUACAAAUUUGCAUCCAGGAAGACUGUUGCUCCAGUGCCCCACUUUGGCAAAUGUGCAUGCAUCAGGUUGUCAGGAUAUGUUAAUAGGGACCAUACAAAGUCAGGUUCGUGAUGCCUCUUCUGCUGCUGUGGAAAACCGUUCACCUUCUAAACGUCUCCCUGAUGGCUCGAAAAGGGUUCGGGUUCCACAUUUACUCAGCGAGGAGCCCCCUGAACCUGAAAAAAAACGGAGGAGAAUCGAGAGACAGCCUUGUAAUGUGCUUCUGAGCUGA